AUAUAUAGCUCAUUCAUUUCGUAGCAUUAGCACACUUGAAGUCCUCUAUAGUUUUCGUCACUCAUGAUCUAAAAAUUCUCCUCUCAUAUCCUUCCUUGUCCUAACCUUAAAUAUUUGAGGCUUUUUCUCUAAAGUGACAUAGCCUUACAAUAUAAGAUCAAUAGUUAGAUAGAUAAAUAGAUAGAUCGAACUUCGAUUACGAGACAUGGCCGGAGGCGGAUUUGCAGCCUCGGGCGGGGGCACGGAGUUCGAGGCGAAGAUCACGCCUAUAGUCAUCAUUUCUUGCAUAAUGGCCGCCACCGGCGGCCUAAUGUUCGGCUACGAUGUUGGUGUCUCAGGUGGCGUCACAUCAAUGAGGCCUUUCUUGGAAAAAUUCUUCCCCGCAGUUGCUAAGAGGGCUAAUGAUCCAAAAUUAAAUAGUAAUUACUGCAAAUAUGAUAAUCAAGGGCUGCAAUUAUUCACAUCAUCACUCUAUUUGGCUGGUUUAACUGCAACCUUCUUCGCCUCUUACACAACAAGACAGCUUGGGAGAAGAUUGACCAUGUUGAUUGCUGGUUUUUUCUUCAUUGCUGGAGUUAUUCUCAAUGCUGCAGCCCAAGAUCUUGCCAUGCUCAUCAUUGGUCGGAUCUUGCUCGGUUGCGGCGUCGGGUUCGCCAAUCAGGCUGUCCCACUAUUUCUAUCAGAAAUAGCACCUACGAGAAUACGUGGAGGGCUCAACAUUUUAUUCCAACUUAAUGUAACAAUUGGAAUUCUUUUUGCCAAUCUCGUCAAUUACGGCACUGCCAAAAUUGAAGGAGGGUGGGGGUGGAGGGUCUCGUUGGGGCUUGCCGGCAUCCCCGCCGGCCUCCUCACCGUAGGCGCAUUGUUGGUAGUCGACACUCCAAACAGUCUAAUAGAACGCGGUCAUUUAGAGAAAGGAAAAGCCGUGCUCAAGAAGAUCCGUGGCACGGAGAAUGUGGAGCCCGAGUUCUUGGAGCUCGUUGAGGCCAGCCGCGUGGCGAAGCUCGUCAAGCACCCUUUUAGGAACCUUCUCAUGAGGAGGAAUAGGCCUCAGUUGAUCAUAGCUGUUGCUCUGCAGAUAUUCCAGCAGUUCACAGGGAUUAAUGCUAUAAUGUUUUAUGCUCCUGUCCUGUUUAACACUGUUGGAUUUGGGAGUGAUGCUGCCCUGUAUUCGGCGGUGAUCACGGGCGCCGUCAACGUGCUCUCCACCGUCGUCUCCAUCUACUCCGUGGACAAGCUGGGGCGGCGCGUGCUGCUGCUGCAGGCCGGGGUGCAGAUGUUCCUGUCGCAGGUGGUCAUCGCCGUGCUGCUGGGGAUCAAGGUGAAGGAUCACUCCGAGGAUCUCAGCCGUGGCAACGCGAUCUUCGUGGUGAUCCUGAUCUGCACGUUCGUGUCCGCGUUCGCGUGGUCCUGGGGCCCGCUCGGGUGGCUCAUCCCGAGUGAGACCUUCCCCCUGGAGACGCGCUCGGCCGGGCAGAGCGUGACCGUGUGCGUCAACCUGCUCUUCACCUUCGUGAUAGCGCAGGCGUUCCUCUCGAUGCUCUGCCACUUCAAGUUCGGGAUCUUCUUCUUCUUCUCCGGGUGGGUGCUCGUGAUGUCGUUCUUCGUGUUCUUCCUGGUGCCCGAGACGAAGAACGUGCCCAUCGAGGAGAUGACGGAGAAGGUGUGGAAGCAGCAUUGGCUGUGGAAGAGGUUUAUGGAUGAUGAUGAUCAUCACUACGUUGAUGGAGGCAAAAAUGGACAUGGCAAAGGGUUUGAUCCUCAUUCUCAGUUAUGAAGAUUUUGUGUUUGAGAGUUUUUACACUAAUAAUUCAAUAGAUAGAUGUUAUGAAAUAGGACAUGCGUUUGUUUUAUUGUAACCCAUUGUGGAAAGCCUUGAAUUUGCUUCCUAACUUUUGAUUUUCCACAAAAUUUGUGUCCUAGUGCCUUGUAUUAAUUUAUCUACUAUAUUAUGUA